AUGCUUCCCCUCUCGCUCCUCAAGACCGCCCAGGGGCACCCCAUGCUCGUGGAGCUGAAGAAUGGUGAGACGUACAACGGGCAUCUGGUCAACUGCGACACGUGGAUGAACAUCCACCUUAGGGAGGUUAUUUGCACCUCAAAGGAUGGUGACAAGUUUUGGAGGAUGCCGGAGUGUUACAUCCGCGGGAACACCAUUAAGUAUCUUCGAGUUCCUGAUGAGGUGAUUGACAAGGUUCAGGAGGAAACUUCCAAAAGCCGAUCAGAUAGGAAGCCACCAGGUGUUGGCCGCGGAAGAGGAAGGGGGACGUUGGUGUUAAACCUGGAGGCAGAGGCAUUGGACGCAGCCAAGAUGAUGGAGGUAGAGGCAGUGGUGGCCGUGGAAGGGGUGGAAUUGGUGCCAAAGGUGGUAACAAAGGUGGGGGCCGUGGCCGUGGCUGAAGCUGGUGGACACAUGGGACAAUGCCGCUUUUUAAGGCCUGUAAUUGUGUUGCAUAGUUUGCUUAGGACAUGA